ACGCUGUUGCUUCUCGCCCUCAGCACUUUCCAGUUAGUUUAGUAGAGACUGUCUUUCAUGAACCUUCUCUCGCCGUUCCUAAUUCUCCUUACAAGCUUCCUUUCCUAAGUAACAUUCGAAACAAAAACUCAAUUCAAUUCCAUUACCAUCAAAUGAGGACAUUGCUUUCGCGCUUGAUCCACUCCACGCCUUCCAUUUCCAGGCUCAAUACAACGGCAGUGUCAGUCAGCGGGAGAAAUCUCUGCACAGAUUCUAAUAAAGUUGAUGAGCCAUUCAAAACUGAAGAAGCAGAGACUGUAAAUGUGCCCCCACCCCCAACAGAAAAGUUGCUUGUUUUGGGAGGCAAUGGAUUUGUCGGAUCACACAUUUGUAGAGAAGCCUUAGAACGUGGCUUAUCUGUUGCUAGUAUUAGCAGGUCUGGCAGGUCAUCCCUGCAUGAUUCCUGGGCUGGCAAUGUUACUUGGUAUAAAGGGAAUAUCCUUUCAACUGAUUCAUUGAAAGAAGCUCUAAAUGGGGUCACUGCUGUUAUCUCGUGUGUUGGUGGUUUUGGCUCCAACUCAUACAUGUACAAAAUUAAUGGGACUGCUAACAUCAAUGCAAUUAGAGCAGCUUCAGAUCAAGGUAAUUGAGGAAUUCAAACUUCUAUUCUUAAUAAUUGCUUGU